AUAAAUACUAAGCUUUAUCUGAAUCAUUCAUACAGCCUCCCUAGUACUUAGCCACAUCUAUUGCAUGCUCUUCCUCAUCUCCUUCUUAUUCUCUCUAUAUCUCACAAACACCAAACCAAAUUUCUCACACACAACAACAACCUUAACCUUAGCUUUAUCAAAAAGACAUAUCUAUUGUUAUCAUGGCUGUUGAAGCUAGCUUCAUGAAUCUCAUGCCUUCUACCCAUUUACUCACAAACAGAGAAAUGAUGAAAUCCAAUCAGCAGCAACAAUAUCAGCAGCAACAACAAAUGAUGAACUCUACCAUGUACAAUGUUCCGAUGAAUUCUGCUAUGCCGAUUCCGACAACAAUGCAUGAAUCUAUGCUACCUUUUUACCAAUCAAAUGUUUGUGAUCAAAAUAGAGCUGAUAGUGGUCUCACUUACAAUAAUCCUCUUCAAAGAAAAAGAUCCAGAGAUUUAUCAACUGAAUUGGUUUCUCUGCCACCCCAACAGAAAAACAGAGUAAUCUCUUCUGAAUCAUCGUCCUUUGCUGAUCAAGUUCUCUACCAAUUUCAGAAUCAACAAUCUGAAAUUGAUCGCAUCCUUGCUCAUCAUAAUGAAAAAAUGAGAAUGGAGUUGGAGGAACAAAAACUGAGGCAAUCAAGAGUGUUGGCAUGCGUGAUUCAAGAAACAAUGGCAAAGAAAAUCAAAGAAAAAGACGAAGAAAUUCAAAGAAUAGGAAACUUAAAUUGGAUCCUUCAAGAAAGAGUCAAAAACUUAAGUGCUGAAAAUCAGGUUUGGAGAGAGUUAGCACAAACAAACGAAACUACAGCCAAUUAUCUACGCAACAAUUUGGAACAAGUCAUGGCACAUGUCAAAGAGGGACAACAUCAUGCCGCAUUGAUCGAGGACGAUGCCGAGUCGAGCUGCGGCAGCAAUAAUGCAGCCGAUGAUGCGGACGAUACCGCGGCGGGGCCGAUAGCCGGCGGUGGUGGUUCCGUUAGGUUGUGUAAGAAUUGUGGGGUGAGGGAAUCAAUUGUGCUGUUAUUACCAUGCAGGCAUUUGUGUCUCUGUAAUGUGUGUGGGUCCAGUGUUAGGAAGUGUCCAGUUUGUGACUCUGGCAUGGAUGCUAGUGUUCAUGUUAAUCUUUCUUAGGUUAAGAAAUUUAGAUUAGGGUUUAGAAUAUUACAAAUUGUUAGAGAAAAAUAGGUUUAGUUUUAGGUUUUUAUUUAAUCAAUAUGUUGUUACAGUUAGAAGAAAAAAAAACAAUAAAAGAAAAAGAAAUAUAAAUCUUUUAAAUUAUUUUUACAAA